GAAGAGGCCGGCCGGGUCGACGUUGGCGUCGAGUUGAACGCUGCUAAGGGGGACGCCUGGGAAGAAGGGAGUACACUUGCCCCGGGCGCCUGUCAAGCCGGCGUCGGCGUGGACUGCUUCAGUCGUGCUCCGGCAUCGAAUACACGCGAGUGCGUCGCUCUUGACUGCGUCGUCGCGCCUUGUAGAAGCGUAUUAUAUCGGUCUUUGACAUUUCUGCACUAGAAGCCACUGAUGCCGGUAAAGAGACGCUAGGACGCUACCCAUAAGCCAGCAGUCUUUUAACCGUCUCUCGAGUGAUAAAUACGUUUCGUAAACGUACAUACAACGUGACUAGACAAGUCAAAUGCAGUCGAAGCGAGCCGCGAGAACGUCGCACGGAGAGUCACAAACCGGGCGGAAUCAAAGCGUCGAAACGCCCGUGCGAAUGUCCUGUUGUGGUGCUUGAGAGGACACUGAGUCGCUCUGGACGCGUACUCGAGUGAAGAAACAGGCUAUCGUUGCUCUGGUAUACAUUGAGUAGUGGCAGUUUCAUACCGGAAAACGGAAGUGCAAAAGUGCCUGGAAGAACGUGGGCUGCGGAAGAGAGUCUAAGGUGGCGGCUAACCGCGAGGGUCUGGGGAUUCUUAAUUUUCAUCGACGCCCCAUCAACGAGACAAGCGGCGACGUGUACCUGGAACGUCAGAGGCUACACAAGGAAAAUACCUAUUGCUCGGCGUUAUUUGAGUGACGAUAGACGUUACUCGAGAGUAACAAGAGAUACGUGCUUGAGUAAUACUGACACGUGACGUUGGAAUAUUAACGUGCUUCUACGUGCCUGAUAAUCUAAAGGAAAUUAUAAAAUGACUUUGCUAUAAUCAAAAGUCACUCUCCUUUAUAAUCCGUCUUUUGAAGUAUCCAUAUUUUACGCAAUUUUUCAAUUUUUAAUAUUCGGAAAUUGAAAACGCGCGGGAACGCCCUUACGCCACUCGUGACAUCUCGUGGUGUUUGCGAAGCUUCACCAAUCCUGUUGAAGAUUGACGCUCCUACGGUUAAUUCCAAAGUAAAUAAAAGAUGCUGCCACCAGCAGCCAUGCAUUUGGAGCAGAGAAUAAAUGGCGACAGGACGAUGCAACAGCAACAGCAGCAUCAUCACAAUCAUCAUCACCACCAUCACCAUCAUCAUCACCAACACCAUUUGGAUCAUCAUCAUCGCUCUCAAGACACAACGAAUCGCGAUCCACGUUUUCCUCAUCGAGCUGCCGUCCUGUCUCCAGCCAGGGAACGUUUCCCAUCGUCGAGCAGUACGGACGACGAUCAAAGCGGAUCUGACGUGGAGCACGAAUCCUCUGCAAUCCGUGGCAAGACCCAUUCCGGAAUACUUCACUCCGGCACGCAUUCCGUACGAAAACGUCGUGGAAAUUUACCGAAGCAUUCGGUAAAGAUACUGAAGAGAUGGCUGUACGAGCACAGGUACAAUGCCUAUCCGAGCGACAGUGAGAAACUCACCCUUAGCCAGGAAGCAAAUCUUACUGUUCUGCAGGUUUGCAACUGGUUUAUAAACGCGAGGAGACGUAUACUUCCGGAAAUGAUACGCAGGGAAGGUCACGAUCCUCUUCAGUACACAAUAUCCCGGCGUGGCAAAAAGAUGCCAGGCGGUAGUCACCAACAGUCUUCCAGUCUGAGUCCUAGAGCCAAUCAAAACUGGGACCCCCUGGCUGGGAUGAGUGCGCCCAAACGUAGUAGGGAUCACGAUUACGAAGAUCCUGCAGGACUCAUGUACCGAAGCGAAGAUGACAGUCCCAAUGACUAUGAGAGCAGUUCUCACAGUGAAGAGGAACGUCCGUCGACUCAGUGGCCGAGCGUAAUCGUCUACCCCUAUUCUGAAACCAAAGUCGAGCACAAUAAUCAACUGAGUUACGGCGAAGCAAUAGCUCAUCCAGCACGUCGAGGAGAUGAGGAUGAGUCGACAGUGAGCGAAGCUGCGUACUGGAGUGCCCCUAGGCAACAUCUGACAACAACCCCCGACGUGCAACACGAGACCGAGGUCUACAGUACGCACAAUACCCACAGCCCUCAUACCGACGAAACUCCACCGCCGACACCACCGGAGGAAGAUAAGGACAAGUUCAAGUGUCUCUAUCUCUUGGUCGAAGCAGCUGUUGCGGUACGACAGCAAGAAAAGGAACGAGAGGGAACUGUCGUUUAACGUUCGGCCAUAUCGAGGCGCACCCAAGAGUUAAGCAGGUUGUUAAUUUCCUAAAGGACGCGUAAUGGAAUGACGUAGUGACGAGAAAGAUACACAGAGAGAGGGAAAGAGAAAGAGAGUACCGCCAUUUAUGGACGCAUUGUAUCACGUGGCUCUUUAUUUCCUUUAUUUCUCUCUUCUCAUUCCUUUACGUCACUCCGUGCAUCCUUGACGUCUACCUAUAUCCGCUUGGGUCACGUUGCCGAUGCGCAUUUCUUCCUCUUUAUAUAUUUACGAGCUACGGUAUCAGGCUCCUUCGUUACUCUUGCUGUGCCCAAGUUCACGCUUAGGAAUCUUGUGGAUGGAUCCUGAAAUGGGAUGCUCGUGAUAGUGAGAAAACUGGAGCGCGCUAUCAUGUUGUCAUAAUGUUAUUCACGACUUUACGUAUUUCUUUUCACUUGUGGAUUUGUCAGCCUAUCCUAAGGACGAUCCUCGAUUGAUCUUCCACUCAAGCCAAUUUUAUGUGUAAUCGUUGGACAAAUCGACGUCCAACAAUGAUCGUUAAAUCCAUACCGAUCGAUCCAGGAAUAUAUAGGUUUACGUUUAGCACACGUCACCUUGUGAAAAUCAUUUGCAGGAGGCUUUGAUAGGUGCGAUACGUGUACGAUAAGAAUGCGUUAAGAAUCUUCACUUGUUAGAUCGUCGAUACACGCGCACAUUUGUACAUAUUAAUCUUUAAAGAUCUAGAAAAACGUUGCCAGGAUCCUUGAUUAUAUUUUCGACGGAGUCCGGCACGCUUUAGGAAGAUUCCUCGAAGGAAAAACGAUUUCCACGUUAAUUAAUUGGAUCGAUAAAUAUGUAAAGAUGAUUGGGAGUAAAUGUAAACGAAAUACUAGAGUUAUCUCGAAGGUACUCAAAAAGUUUACCCAAGCAUACAGGAUAACGCUGACAAGUAAAAAGAGAGAUAAAGAUAACCGCGACCAGUGACAUGAAAAAUCUCCUCGACGCUCCUUAAAAUUAAUUCUAAGAAAUGAGGAAGGAGACUGGCGCCCAGUUCGCAAAUAUUGCCCAAGUCUCUUUAUCGAAUCAAAAGCGUUUCGUGCGAUAUCACGACUAGCGGAGGUUAUCGCGAGAUUCACAAGCGACUUUAGCGAGCUGUCGUGGACUUGAACAUUUACGACGUAAUCGAGACGCCGUCAUCGCGUGCAGAUCGCCGGCAUGUGCCUUUUUUUAUAUACAAGUGUCAAUCCGAAAUUACGGGACACACGUGGUACGUAAGUUGUCUCGUUGGCAUCCCGUUAUAUGUGAAAUUCAAAUUACGUCAAGCGUAUUCGGUGAUAUAAGAAUCGCUAGUAACGUCAGUUGUCGAUAAUUUUCCGAAAUUCGAUUCGAAAAUACAAUUGACUUUUACGAUCGCGGUUAUACGGAACGAGUGCAAGAAGGACGGAAAAAAAAAAAAUGAGAAUCAACUACAAUUUUCCAAAAAAAAUAAAAUAUUCGUACCUCAGGGUUUUUGCGAGCUUCGCGACGUCGCUAAUGUUAUCCAGCAAUAAUAAUAACGUGUGGUGAAAAUUUACACAUAUCUGUCUGUAUAUAAUGCAUAUACCAAGCGUAACGAGAGACAAGAAGUUACUCGUCGUUUAUCCUAGAGGUUAUUUAGUUGAUAAUGAAAGGCGUCAGGCUCAACGGAGGUAGAGGAUCGUUCGACGGCCGACAAUGACGUAAUUAUUGUGUUCUUUGUACUUUUUAAUUAAUGGCAGACUCAAUAUUCCUUACUUUGUUAGCAUGCAUGGAUACGCGUUACGGCACACGCACUGCAUACGCAUCGUCCACACGUGUUAAAAGUCUCUUCGAAUUUGGAUUACUGACAUUUCUUUUUUUUGCCGUCAACUAUCUUCAUGCAUCACAAUCCUGUAUUAUGACGUAUUUACGGCCCGUUUCAAUAUUUUUUUUUCUCAAAGAGGAUCACCACGUUGGUCGCCUCGAACUGAUGCUCAAGAUAAUCUUCCUCGUAAUAAAUUAUAAAUAUCUUCCGUUUUAUUUCAACAGUUAUCACGCACGAGGUUAUAGCACUGUCUGACUAUUUUCUUUAUUUUUUCUUUUUCUUUUUCAUCCUUUACUUUAUUUAUACUCAAGAUAACGUUGCGUCAUCGAGAAUCGUACUCGUCGAAUAUCCAAAUAUGUUUUCCGAAUUUUCACGUGGGACGAUCGAGGACUGACGAUUCUUGAGAUGAAAUUUUAUCCUUCAGGAAGUUAUCGAGACAGAACGUAAUAGAUUACAUGAGAGAGCACAAAUGAUUCCGCAACACUUUUGACGUAUCGACGAGUCGUCGACGAACUCGCGGUCUCCCGAUGUCGUUUCGUCCGAACUGUUACGAUGAAAUUUUUAUCUACGAAAACGCGAGAAAAGGGAGAAAUAAAAAAAAACGUGCUGUCGUCGGUUUAUAAAUGAGAAAAAAUUGGUACAAACGCCAAAGACUUACUUAAUUACUACGAUUAACGAUUAAAUGAAAAAAAAAAAAAAAGAAAUAAGAAGCAAGAAACGUUAAGAUAUAAAAUCAUGUAAGUUUCUUCUUUUGGCUAAGACACGUCGACCCUUAGAGAAAGAGAGAGAGAUAGAGCGAAUGUUGUGUGUAUAUGUCUGUAUGGGAAAAAAAAAAUUUUGCUAAGGCGUGAGUGGGCCAGUUGUGCGCCAAGCCAGAUACGGUUUUGUUUUAAUUGCGAUUGAUAAUUUCA